UCAGAGCGAGACAACCUGAGAGAUGAGCAGCUGAUCCCGUCUGCGUGGAUACACCUCACCACCAUGAUCCUGAGCCCACUCGCGGCACUAUGUGACUAGCGACCGGACAUUUUAAAAAAAAGAAAAAAAAAGGAGGGAUUCAACUUUAUUUUCGGAACAGUUUUCAGGUCCGUGUCGCGCUGACUGACGCGCAGUGAUGUUGGUGUCCUUCAUCCUCACAUUCGCUCACUGUUUGGCACCGCUGCUCCUCUGCUACCUGCCUCAAGUGUCUGCACAAAAGCCUGGCUCAAGGUGGCUGAUCGGAGACAGAGACAACCACUGCGGCGUCAUCUGCUCGCGGAUACAGGGACGACCUGUCUGUGGGUCGGACGGGAAAAGCUAUGAGUCGACUUGUGAGCUGCAAAGAGCUCGCUGCAAAGACAAGACGCUGACGCAGAUGCAUCGAGGGCGGUGUCGAGGUGAGGCCAUCGGAAAAAAUUGGCCUGUAGGACCUACUUCCCAACCAGAGGGAAGAGACUUGGACCAUAAAGAUGCCGGGCUGUCCAAGUGUCGGUUUGACAGGAGCCAGGCUUUGGAGCAGGCCAAGAGACCUCAAGAGUCCAUGUUCAUCCCAGAAUGCAACGACGAUGGAACAUAUGCACAGGUCCAAUGUCACACACUGACGGGUUACUGCUGGUGUGUCACCAGCGAGGGGAAACCAGUCAGUGGCUCAUCAGUGCACAACCGGACGCCAGUGUGCUCAGGGUCAGUGACCGACCGGCCACCUGGGCCACAAAACUCAGGCAGAAAAGUUUCCUUCCAUUUCUUUCUCACCCUGAAUCCAGACGACGGCUCCAAACCCACACCCACCAUGGAGACCCACGUCCCCCCAGAGGGCGAUGAGAUAACAGCUCCCACGCUGUGGAUCAAACAUCUGGUCAAUAAGGACAAACAGAACAACUCAAGCGCCAAGAAGCAAGAGAAGGUUCCCUCUUGUGACCAGGAGAGGCUGAGCGCCCUGGACGAGGCUCGGCAGAAUCCCCGUAUUUUCAUUCCUGACUGCGGGCUCGGAGGACUCUACAAAUCUGUCCAGUGCCACCAGUCAACGGGCUACUGCUGGUGUGUGCAGGUGGACACAGGAAGACCCAUACCAGGAACUUCCACCAGGUACAGGACGCCUGAGUGUAACGGUGCAGCACCUCGCGAAACAGACACUGGAGACCCCUUCCAAGUCAGAGAAAUUACAGGGUGCCCAGACAGCAAGAAAGUGGAAUUCAUUACAAGCUUGUUAGAUGCCCUCACUACAGACAUGGUCCAGGCCAUCAACUCACCAGCUCCCUCCAGUGGUGGAAGGUUUGUUGAACCAGAUCCCAGUCACACUUUAGAGGAGAGAGUGGUGCACUGGUACUUUGCCCAGCUGGAUAACAACGGCAGCCAAGACAUCAACAAGAAAGAGCUGAAGCCUUUCAAGAGAUACCUAAAGAAGAAAGCCAAACCCAAAAAAUGUGCCCGCAAGUUCACCGACUACUGUGACCUGAACAAGGACAAAGCCAUUUCCCUGCAGGAGCUGAAGGGCUGUCUGGGUGUCAACAAGGAUGGAAGCUCAUCCAACCAUCAAGGGACAAGGCAAGGGACACAUUUGUUCAUAGGUCGCCUGGUUUGAAAAAGGGAGGUUGAAGAAGCUGAGAGGGGAGCAGAGGGCACAGAAGGAAGGCAUCUGCACGCUUGCUGACAGGAAAGAAAAAGAUGGAUCUGAAGAAUUUCCAGAGUAAAAAAGAAAAAAAAGGACUGAAAUACCUUAAAGGUGGCGCUAAAAUAUUUGCACUUUCUUGUCCCUGUUUGACUUUUCUUUUUUAUUUCAUUGUUAUGUGAGGAAGUCGGAGAAGGUGUGGUGAGUACAUGAGAAUAUAUUUUUGGAGAACUGACUGGAUUGGUAGAAGAGUGUGUGAUGACGUAACACAUCAGUGAUGUUUAAAAGCGUUUAGUCAUGACUUGCCGAGUCGGCUGUUUCGUUUCAUUUCAUUUUUGGGUACGCAAUGUGACAUCUGUUGUUGGUUAAGAUUGUAAUUUUGCAUUGUAGACAUUAACACAUAUGUGCGGUUGUUUGAAGCGAAUCUAAAAUACAGGACCACAUGACUGAUGAGGGUGAAAAUCGACUGUGUCGGUUGAAACUGAAUGUCUUACACGCUGCAUUAUUCAGAGGUAUAAUCAUUCUUAAAGGAGCAACUUAAAAUAUCCAAACUAAUCCACGACAGCGCAAAUGAGAAGCCGCUUCAGACGUGAUAGUUUCCUUCAGUUUGUACAUAAUCCAGAGCUAUGGGGAUUAUAUUUUCCAAAAACAGAUACUGUCCAAGAUCCUUGUAGAAACAGAUGAAAAGAACUGAACACAGCUGGAUUAACAUGUUUACAAGGCCUAGCUGAGAAUUAAUAUCUCCUGUCACAGGCCGUUUUCAGGUUUAUCCUCGCUACAAACAAGAUGUAGCGUUUACAAAGGCCAGUUCGUAAAAUAAAGUCUGCUUUCAAAUGCACUUUGUGCGGCGUUAAACCGGUUGUUACUUCAUGUACGAAUGACAAGAUACAAUAGCUCCAUUCAAAUUAAAAAAUAUUUCCCCUUCUUCUUUAUCAGUAGUUGGACAGUAACAUGUCAACGCGCUCCAUUUUUGUUUCCCAUUACAACAUUUCCAUUGUAAAU